UUGGCGCAAAGAAUUUGACGUAAAGCACCGCUAGUGUUCGAAGCGUAGAUACAUCCAACUCUGUUCUGGGUGCAAACGCGUCGAAUUUUACAUGUUUUGAUCACAGUAUUUGCAGCACCGGUUGACUGAAUAAUAGACUAUCAUGGGAAUUAAAGGGCUUUCGCAAUUGAUAGCGGAUGUUGCUCCGUUUGCGGUGAAAGAGGGAGAAAUUAAAAAUUUCUUCGGAAGAAAAGUGGCGAUCGAUGCCUCCAUGUGUUUGUACCAAUUUCUCAUUGCCGUGAGAGCAGAAGGUGCCCAGCUAACAUCGGUCGAUGGCGAAACCACGUCCCAUUUGAUGGGCACAUUUUAUCGUACUAUUCGAUUGCUGGAGAAUGGAAUCAAACCAGUUUACGUUUUCGACGGUAAGCCUCCAGAUCUUAAAUCCGGUGAGUUGAGCAAGCGUGCCGAGAAACGCGAAGAAGCUCAGAAAGCGUUAGAUAAAGCAACGGAAGCGGGCGCUACCGAGGACAUUGAUAAGUUUAACAGACGUUUGGUCAAGGUCACCAAGCAACACUCGAAUGAAGCAAAGGAGCUUUUGAAACUGAUGGGGGUUCCGUAUGUGGAUGCGCCCUGUGAAGCUGAGGCCCAAUGUGCAGCCUUGGUGAAAAGCGGAAAAGUUUAUGCCACAGCUACCGAGGAUAUGGACGCUCUUACCUUCGGGUCUAAUAUUUUGCUGCGGCAUCUAACAUUCAGUGAGGCACGCAAAAUGCCGGUACAGGAGUUCAACUACGAGAAGCUACUGAAAGGUUUUGAACUAAGCCGUGACGAAUUCAUCGAUCUGUGCAUUCUGCUUGGAUGCGAUUAUUGUGACACCAUUCGUGGAAUAGGUCCGAAGAAGGCCAUCGAACUUAUUAAUAAACAUCGGUCGAUCGAGAAGAUUCUUGAAAAUAUCGAUACUAAAAAAUAUAUUGUUCCCGAGGAUUGGAACUACCAGCAGGCUCGCCAAUUGUUCAAAGAACCUGAUGUGGCGAAUCCCGAGGAGAUUGAACUGAAAUGGGGAGAACCGGAUGAGGAAGGUUUGGUAAAAUAUCUGUGUGGUGAUCGUCAAUUCAAUGAGGAUCGAAUCAGAGGUGGAGCCAAGAAAAUCCUGAAAACAAAGUCAACCGCAACUCAAGGUCGUCUUGAUUCGUUUUUUAAGGUGCUUCCCUCGACACCUUCCCAAAAACGUAAACCCGAAGAAAAGAAGACUCCGGCGGCAAAGAAGGCUAAAACAGGAGCAAAACCUGGCCGCAAACCAAAGUAGAGAUAAGGUGACAAUUGGUAUGGUAUUGUGAUAGUAUUCCCAAAUUGUUUCGAAUAAAUGAUAUCCAAGUUGAUGA